UCCCAGACACGCGCACGACACGCACUGCACCUGCACUGCUGGAAGAAGCAAAGGCAAGCUAUAAGGAGCACCAGCUAUGUCAACGCAGCAGCAGGAGAAGGCGUCGGCGGCGGCGGGGAGGGGAAGCCCGCUGCUGCGGCGGUGCAAGCGCGAGCGCUACACGCACGGCCUGCGCCCGCCGCAGAUGGAGGCGCUCCGGGCCAUGUGUGGCGCGCUCAUCCCGUCCCUGCCCGUCGAGGGGCCUUUCCACGGGGACAAGCACGGCGGCGGCAACAAGGACGACGUCGAGCGGUUCUACCGCGCAUCCGCCGCCGACGGCGCCAUCCCCGACGAGGUCGCGGAGAUGGCCACCGGAUGUGCACGGGAGGCUAUGUUGCUGGUGAGAGUUAUCCUUUGGAUGUUGAGCACCAAGGUGGGCACAUUCGUCCUAUGUGGCUGGCUAUGCGUCUCUAGCAGGUUUCCUUACGUCUUCAAGUUCGCCGACAUGCCGCUGGAGCGUCGAGAGGAAGUGCUGAAGUGGUGGAGCAAGACGCGGUGGUUGUUCCCCCUCAAGGUCACCUUCGUCCUCGUCAAGAUCCUAUCGCACUACUCAUUCUACACAACGAUAAACGAGCACUCGGACAACCCGUCCUGGAAAGCGAUAGGAUACAGCGUGCCGGACGUCGACAGGCCACAGGAAGACCUAUCGGAAGCAGCACCGUCGCCGUCGCCGCGACCACUGGACAGCGGCGUCGUGGAGACCAGAUCCCUGGACGAUGCCGCGCUGCUGAGGUCACUCAUGGACAAAGGACUGGCGGUGAAAGCGGACGUGUCAGGCCCGCACCACACUGUGCAGUGCGACGUCGUCAUCGUCGGCUCCGGCUGCGGAGGCGGCGUGGCCGCCGCCGUGCUCGCCGCAGCGGGGCACAAGGUCGUCGUCGUCGAGAAGGGGGACUACUUCACGGCCGAGGAUUACAGCUCCAUCGAGGGCCCGUCCAUGGAGCGCCUCUACGAGAAGGGAGGCAUCUUCUGCACGUCCAACGCGUCGACCAUCAUGUUCACGGGCGCGACGGUCGGCGGCGGCUCCGCGAUCAACUGGUCGGCCAGCAUCCGAACGCCGGAGUGGGUCACGCAGGAGUGGGCUCGGGAGCACGGGCUCCCCGUGUUCGGGAGCCCCGAGUACGCGCACGCCAUGGACGCGGUUUGCACCCGGCUCGCGGUGACUAGCGGGUGCCGGGAGGAGGGGUUCCAGAACAAGGCGCUCCGCAACGGCUGCGAGGCGCUCGGGCUGCGUGCCGACGCCGUGCCGCGCAACACGUCGGAGGGCCAUUUCUGCGGAAGCUGCCAUCUCGGCUGCCCCACCGGCGAGAAGCGCGGCACCGACACGACGUGGCUCGUCGACGCGGUGGCGCAGGGCGCGGUCGUACUGACGGGGUGCAAGGCCGAGCGUUUCGUACUCGAGAGCAACCCCGGCAAGAACGGGUGCCGGAGCAAGAGGUGCGUGGGCCUGGUGGCGAAGUGCAUGGGCGACGGCAUCACCAGGAAGCUGCGCAUCGAGGCCAAGGUCUCCAUCUCGGCUUGCGGCGCGCUCAUGACGCCGCCGCUGCUCCGCCGCAGCGGGCUCAAGAACAGGCACAUAGGCCGCAACCUCCACCUCCACCCGGUGUCCAUGGCGUGGGGCUACUUCCCGGACGGCACGCCGGAGCCGCGGCCGCUCACGGGCAAGUGCUACGAGGGCGGCAUCAUCACCACCUUGCACCGCGUCACCGCCCGCACCAUCGUCCAGACGCCGGCGCUGGGGCCGGGGUCCAUGGCCUCGCUGAUCCCCUGGGAGUCGGGGCGGGACAUGAAGGAGCGCAUGCUCCGGUACGCGCGCACGGCGCACGCCUUCGCGCUUGUCCGGGACCGCGGCGCGGGGACCGUGGGCCGCGAGGGCCGCGUGCGCUACGUCCCGAGUAGCGAGGACGUGGAGGAGCUCCGGAACGGCCUGCGCCGGGCGCUGCGCAUCCUGGUGGCGGCCGGCGCCGCCGAGGUCGGCACCCACCGCAGCGACGGGCUCCGGCUGCGGUGCGAGGGGCUCCGCGACGAGGACCUGGAGGCGUUCCUGAACGAGGUGACCGUCGCGAAAGGGCCGAUGAUUCCUGGGUCGGAUACGUGGGCGCUCCUGUGCUCGGCGCACCAGAUGGGCAGCUGCCGGAUGGGGUCCAGGCCCCGUGACGGCGCCGUGGACGGCCGCGGCGAGAGCUGGGAGGCCGAGGGGCUGUACGUGUGCGACGGCAGCCUGCUGCCGACGGCGGUGGGCGUGAACCCCAUGAUCACCAUACAGUCCACCGCGUACUACGUCUCCAAGGGCAUCGCCGAGUCCUUGGCGGCGCGCGUGAAGAAGCCGUAGCCAGGUGGGGAGUUGGGACCGUGCUGGCUUGUGCUUGAUGAGAACGGUGCCGGGGGGUGUCAGGGUGUGCAUGUUGUCCCCGUGUACGGUGGUGUGCGCUGCGGAUGUGUGUCAUCUUUGUAACUUGCAUAAUAAAAGGCCUUCUAUUUGGCUUGUAUUUGUAUUGUAUCCAAUGUUAUUUUUAAAAUCAAAACGAUGGUUGAUGUGCA